CGAAAUUAAAAAAAAACUUUGAUUGUAAUUUCUUAAUUUUCAGAUCUACCAUAUAAACUCCCAAUAAAUGUAAAAUAGACCACAUUUGAUCUUCCACUGAAAUUUGCAACAGAAAGAUCUUGUCCAACCCCUAAAUCCUAUCAUUCAGAUUAUUGUCCGAGCUUAUUCGUACACAAAUUUGUGCAUUUGGGUUGAAAAAUGUGGAGUUCAAUCGAGAAUUUAAAGGAGAAUCUCAAUAGGAUCGCUCUUGAAAUUCACGACGACGACGAAGAUGAUGAAGAACUUCCGAUUUACAAUUCAGGUGAUCGCUCCGAUAGUAAUUCAGCAUCUGAUUGGAGAAUUUCUAGGAAUUUCAGUCGUUCCAAGACACCGGCAUAUAAUUCCCCAAUUGCCAAUGGUUUCGAUUCUGCUCACAAUCCGGAGAUAGAGAAAUACAAAAGUGAAAUUAAGAGACUUAAAGAAUCUGAGGCUGAAAUCAAAGCAUUAUCAGUUAAUUAUGCUGCUUUAUUGAAAGAAAAAGAGGAUCAAGUUUCAAGGUUAAAUGAAGAAAAUAGUUCAUUGAAGCAAAGUCUACAAUCAAGUUCUCCUCUGAGUGCAUCUAGAAACAUGCAUAAGGGGAGCAGUGAUCAAUCUCUAAACCGCCAAAGCAAAGCUUUAGUUAACCGUUCCUUUGGAAGCCGAACAAGCAAUGGGUUUUCUCCGAAGCAGGAUGGGCUAAGCAAUGGAACCACUUUUGGCAAUGAAAAGGAGCUUGCAGACUUGCUGGAAGAGAAAAAUAAAUCUCUGUCAGCCAUGCAGGCAUCUCAUGAGCUGCAGAUAAAACAAUUUGAAAUGAAGCUUGAUAAAGAACACACCGAGCUGGCAAAUAUGCAAAUUAGGUUACAAGAGGAGCAGAAUUUGAACUCAACAUUCCUACAAGAGCUGAACUCCUUAAAAGCAGACAAGGAUAAAAUGGCUGUGGAGAUGACAAAACUUCAUACUGAGCUGUCUCAUAAAGUAUCUGAAUUAAAACAGUUGCAAAUGGAGCUUCACGAAAGAGAUAACGAAGAAUCAAAUGACGCAAGAGACGGUCUGAGAAGAGUGAUAGAAACACUGCAAAAAGAAAACAGUAACCUUAAGAACGAGAAAGAUAAGUUAGAAGCUUCAUUGAAAGCAACUGGUGUUUCUUCAGCCGAUAGAAGUAACAUCAAUAGUAUAAGUGAGAAGGUGCAUCCUAUGGAGGUAUUUCCUGAAAAGGAAGAAAUGAAGAGGUCUUUGCAAAAUUUGGAGAAUGAAUUGAAGGAAGCACGCCAGGGAAGGGACAAAGCACAGCAAGAACUGAAACGUCUUAAGCAGCAUUUACUUGAGAAGGAAAUGGAAGAAUCAGAAAAGAUGGAUGAGGACAGCAAGACUAUUGAAGAACUACGUCAAAAUAACGAAUAUCAACGAGCUCAAAUAUUGCAGUUGGAGAAAGCUCUCAAGCAAGCAAUUGCAAGUCAAGAAGAUGUCAAAACCCUUAAUUAUAAUGAAUUAAGGAAGUCAAAGGAUACGAUCGAUGAGCUAAAUAAAAAAUUAGCCAACUGUUUGAACACAAUGGAAGCCCAAAAUGUUGAAGUCCUUAACCUACAAACUGCUCUUGGCCAGUACUACGCCGAGAUUGAAGCCAAGGAACGGCUUGGAGAAGAAUUGGUGAUGGCAAAGGAGGAAUUACAUAAACUUUCAGGGCUUCUGAAGGAUGCUUACAAUGAGUCAGAAACAUUCAAGAAAGAGAAGGAAGAGGUGUUGGUGAAACUUUCGGACAUGGAAAAAAGACUUUCUGAAGGGAAGGGCCGUAUAAAUAAGCUUGAGCAAGACAACGAAAAGCUACGGCGAGCUCUUGAACAGAGCAUGACCAGGCUGAAUAGGAUGUCACUGGAUUCUGAUAAUUAUGUCGACAGGCGGAUUGUGAUCAAAUUACUGGUGACCUACUUCCAAAGGAAUCACAGCAAAGAGGUUUUGGAUCUUAUGGUUCGUAUGCUAGGAUUCUCUGAUGAAGACAAGCAGAGGAUAGGCAUGGCUCAGCAAGGAUCUGGUAAAGGUGUCGUCCGGGGUGUCUUUGGUCUCCCUGGCCGACUAGUUGGUGGCAUCUUGGGUGGUUCAGCACCUUCUAGUAAGGCAUCAGAUCAGUCCUUUGCAGAUCUCUGGGUUGAUUUUCUUCUCAAGGAGAAUGAAAGAGAGAAAAGUGAGGCUGCUGAAGCUGGCAAUGGAAAUAGAGGAGAUCAAAUCAAGGGUGCAGAUUCAAUCCCGGUAGAACAUAGGUCAAAUAAUGCUGGUGGUUCAUUUGUUUCCCCGAGACCACAAUAUUCUCCUAAGCAUAACCUGCCCCCUUCGGCACCGAAUUUGCGGCAAGUUAUUCUGCCGCCUGAGCAAUCUGAUACCGAGUUCUCAACAGUCCCUCUUACCCCGUUGGAAACCAAUUAUGAGAUUUCAAGACUACCUAGAUACUGAUAGCAUUGGUGUAACUAAUAGGAGGUAUAUAUUUUGCUUCUCAUGUAAUGUUGUAUUGCAAUUCUUUUGUUCAAUCAAUUCUUUGGGAAAAUGAAAACCUUCAUGCAUUUGUUUGAUGUCAUCUUUAUCCUAUGGGUGAAGUCACCCAUCACCAGAGGAAAAAGAAAAAGAAAUGAGAUCAACAGAGUUAUAAUGU